AUGGUGACCUUAAAAGGCACAAAGCUCGUCUUGUAUGUGAUGGAAGGUCGUAGGAAAUUGGUGUGGAUUGUGAUGAGACGUUCAGUCCGGAAACUGUUUAGAUGCAUCAACUUCCAGGUUUUGUUGAUCGAAGGGAUCCCUCUCAUGUCUGUCGGCUCCGCAAGGUCUUUAUGGUUUGAAACAAGCUCCCAGAGCUUGGGAGAUGAUAUGGCAUAUUUACUCUUAUAUGUUGAUGAUAUUUUAGCUACCUCAUCUGAUAGGUUGCGCACAGGGAUCAUCUCUCAGUUGAAAACUGAGUUUCCCAUGUCUGAUUUGGGCCCUCUGAGUUAUUUUUUGGGCAUUGUAAUAACCCAAAAACCUUCUUAUUUGCUACUUUCGCAGGAAAAAUCAGGGCCACCUUUUCGGGAUCCUACAUUGUAUCGCAGUUUAGCAAGUGCUCUUCAGUACCUCACUUUCACCAGGCCUGAUAUUUCCUAUGCGGUACAACAGGUGUGUCUCUUUAUGCAUGAUCCCCGGGAACCUCAUUAUGAGGCAUUGAAACGCAUUCUGCGUUAUGUUCAGGGUACCAUUGAUCACGGUUUACAUUUAUAUCCUAUUGUUUCUCAUCGACUGAUUACUUACACUGACGCUAACUGGGGAGGUUGUCCCGACACCCGGCGUUCCACUUCGGGCUACUGUUGUUUCCUUGGGGACAACCUCGUAUCUUGGUCAACUAAGCGUCAACAUACUUUAUCUAAGUCGAGUGCAGAAGCAGAAUAUCGAGGCGUAGCAAAUGUUGUCUCCGAGGCGUGUUGGCUUCGCAACCUUUUGCUUGAGUUACAUUGUCCUCUGCGGCAGGCUACUAUUGUGUAUUGUGAUAAUGUCAGUGCUAUCUACCUUUCUGGCAACCCGGUAUAG